AUGGGUAGAUUUAGUUGCUGUGGCGAAGAUUUCAUAAAAUAUACUCCAUCGAAAAUGUUCUGCUGGAAUCCGACAUGCAGGAAACAAAUUACCCGUUUAGUAGUCUAUUAUUCAUGUGAAAGUAAAGAAUUAGAUUUAAAAGUUACAAUUUGUCGAAGCUGUUAUAAUACAAAACAACAUAGCACAGAUAAAUUUGAAUUAAUGUUUAAUGUUUCCGUAAUCAAAUCGGAUUUGAAAAAAUUUAAGAACGAUUCCACGGAAUAUGUGAUGGAGGUGCAAUGUAUUCAAUGCAAAAAAUUAUUCCACGCCGCUUUGGAUGUAAAAUUUUUAGAUGCAUGUAUAAUGUUUAUUAAUGAUUACUGGCAAAACGGUUACCAGUGUCUUGAUUGCUCACCUGAUGAUUCACGUCAUAAUCCACAAAUGCUUCAUCUUGCUGAUAAACUAAAAACAACAAAGUUGGAGGUUUAUUUAGAACAACGAAUUAUGCAAUAUCUUGCCAAGCAAACAUUAUCAGAUACCGAUAGUGAACUUUGUCGUAAUUUAUAUAUUAAAGUGGUGCAGUCAGUAUAUUGUGAAUUUAAUGUCCAGAAACAAAUCAAACAACUCUAUGGAACUUUCCUUCCUGAUUCUUGUCGAUACAGAAGGCGUAUGUUCCUGUUAUUUCAAAAGAACGAUAAUGCUGAUGUUGCGCUAUUCGCAUGUUAUGCGCAAGAAUAUGAUGAUAAAUGUGUCGGUGCUAACAGAAGUCGAGUGAUGAUAGCAUAUUUGGAUUCAGUAAAAUUUUUUGAACCGCCCAACCAUCGACGAAACAUUUAUUUUGAACUUAUAAUUGGUUAUCUAGAAUAUAUGAAAGGAUUAGGUUAUGAACAUGCUUACAUAUGGAUAAAUGCACCACAGAGAGGAAUUGAUUAUAUUUUUUACAACCAUCCAAAAGAACAGCAUAUUCCGACACAAACUCAAUUAGAAAAGUGGUAUGACACAUUGUUAGAUUAUGGAAAGAGAGCAGGUGUACUUAAAAAAGUUCAAAAUAUUGAAGAAGAGAUACUUAGUGAUUAUAAAAUUGGUGAUGAAAUUUACAAAUUACCUUAUAUGGACGGUGACCAUUGGCCUGACACCAUUGAAGAAAUAUUAACAAACAUAAAAGAAGAAAAGCCGUUAAUAACCAAGGAAGAGAUGAUCCAUGCACUAUCGACGCAGUUAGUAAAGAUGUUUCGAGCUAAUAAACAGGUAUGUAAAUCAGUAAGUUUUGCUAUAGUUAGAAUGAUACGACAAGUAAUUGGAUCUCGUCUAACACGAUUAAUUCCGCAUGUCAAGUGUAAUAAAUGUUUCAAACCAUAUGAAAUACAUCAUCAUAGGGGCCGCGAUAAUACUUUAGCGUUGUGUGAAAAAUGUUCAAACCAUCCACAUCAAGAAGUGCACAGCCUCGACCAUAACCAGAUACCAUUAGCACAACAAACAUCGAUAACAGCAACAACUCAACAACCAUCUGUGUCACUUAAUGGAAAUCAAAUUUCUGAUACGAAUUGUCUUCGAUGUGUAUCACUUAAAGCUGGCUUACAGAUUGAAAGUGAAAAAACAAAGUAUUGGGAAAGCAAAGCACAGUAUUGGGAAAAGAACGCAAAGAAGUCGGAAGAAAAUGCAAAGAAGUCGGAAGAAAAUGCAAAAUAUUGGGAAAAGGAAGCAAAGCAUGAGAGGGAACGGGCGGAUGGGAGAGAGUAUGAAUUAUUGAAAUUGAUGGAUAAUCUACGGAAAGAAUUUAAUGAUCAACUUGCAGUUCUAACAGCGAAGCAACCAUAA